UUCUUAGCCGACUUCCACAAACACGUGUACCAAGUCAAACCAAAUGUGCCCAAACCAAACUUAGAUACUUUCACUUUUCAUCUCUAGUCCACACAACAUUAUAUAUAAUUAAAAUAAAUAUAUCAAAUUAAAGUGAUUAUCGACUUCUUCACUCUUCUUCAACUCUUUCUCAUCUCUCGACACGCAACUUCCUUCCUCUUCAGACUCCUCUGACUUUACUAUAUAUAACACACACACUUUCAUUUCUUGUUUCUUCAAAUCAAAUCUUUUCAUUUACAAUUAUCUUUCUUCUCAAUUUAGAACUUAGUAGCUAGUCUUCAAGAUAAUGGCACUUGAAACUCUUACUUCUCCAAGAUUAUCUUCUCCGAUGCCGACUCUGUUUCAAGAUUCAGCACUAGGGUUUCAUGGAAGCAAAGGCAAACGAUCUAAGCGAUCAAGAUCUGAAUUCGACCGUCAGAGUCUCACGGAGGAUGAAUAUAUCGCUUUAUGUCUCAUGCUUCUUGCUCGCGACGGAGAUAGAAACCGUGACCUUGACCUGCCUUCUUCUUCGUCUUCACCUCCUCUGCUUCCUCCUCUUCCUACUCCGAUCUACAAGUGUAGCGUCUGUGACAAGGCGUUUUCGUCUUACCAGGCUCUUGGUGGACACAAGGCAAGUCACCGGAAAAGCUUUUCGCUUACUCAAUCUGCCGGAGGAGAUGAGCUGUCGACAUCGUCGGCGAUAACCACGUCUGGUAUAUCCGGUGGCGGGGGAGGAAGUGUGAAGUCGCACGUUUGCUCUAUCUGUCAUAAAUCGUUCGCCACCGGUCAAGCUCUCGGCGGCCACAAACGGUGCCACUACGAAGGAAAGAACGGAGGCGGUGUGAGUAGUAGCGUGUCGAAUUCUGAAGAUGUGGGGUCUACAAGCCACGUCAGCAGUGGCCACCGUGGGUUUGACCUCAACAUACCGCCGAUACCGGAAUUCUCGAUGGUCAACGGAGACGAAGAGGUGAUGAGUCCUAUGCCGGCGAAGAAACUCCGGUUUGACUUCCCGGAGAAACCCUAAACAUAAACCUAGGAAAAACUUUACAGAAUUCAUUUUAUAGGAAAUUGUUUUACUGUAUAUACAAAUAUCGAUUUUGAUUGAUGUUCUUCUUCACUGAAAAAUUAUGAUUCUUUGUUGUAUAAUUGAUGUUUCUGAAAAAGAUAUAACUUUUUAUUGUUUCACACGUAUCAAAAUUUGCUUGGAUACAUCAUACAUAAUAAGAGAGCAUAUCGAAAGUGACUAAUUUACGGGCCAGUUUGUUAAUCCGUUGGACUAGCCUACUU